AUGUUUAUUUUUACUCCACAUUUUUGUUUCAUUUCAGUACCACUACGUGCGAGUUUAACUGAUAUUCAUCCCAAUGCAACUUGGAGGCAGAAUGCUCUCACUGUUGCUGGAGGAAAUGGAAAAGGACAUGAAAUCAAUCAACUCUGGGACCCCUGGGGUUUGUAUGUCGACGACGAUCAAACGGUUUUUGUUGCUGAUUGCUGGAAUCACCGUAUUGUGGAAUGGAAAUCUGGUGCAAAGAAUGGCAAUGUGGUUGCCGGUGGAAAUGGACAUGGAAAUGGAGCUCACCAGUUAAGUUGUCCAAUGGAUGUGAUCGUCGACAAAGAGAGAGAUAGCCUCAUCAUCAGCGAUUACCAAAAUAAUAGAGUAGUUCGAUGGCCUCGUCGAAAUGGUACUAGUGGAGAAACUAUCAUUUCGAAUAUUUCUUGUUGGAGUUUGACAAUGGACGAGAAUGGAUCUCUAUAUGUCGUUGAUGAAGGAAAACAUGAAGUAAGACGAUAUAAAACUGGUGAAACCAAGGGAACAGUAGUUGCAGGUGGAAACGGACAGGGAAAUCGUCUCGAUCAACUCUUCGAUCCCCGCUACGUAUUUGUUGAUCGAGAUCAUUCAGUGUAUGUGUCUGAUUGUUACAAUCAUCGUGUGAUGAAAUGGGAAGAAGGUGCAAAACAAGGCAUUAUCGUAGCUGGUGGUCAAGGAUCAGGAAAUAGUCUUACACAAUUGUCACAUCCUGAAGGAGUCGUUGUCGAUCGAUUGGGCACUGUCUAUGUCGUUGAUCAUGCGAAUCAUCGAAUCAUGCGUUGGUCAAAAGAAGCCACACAGGGAAGUGUCAUUGUUGGUGGACACGGUGGAGGAGCACAGUCAAAUCAACUCUAUUAUCCGGUUGGUUUAUCAUUCGAUCGACAUAGCAAUCUCUAUGUCGUCGAUCACAAAAAUCUUAGAGUACAAAAGUUUGGUAUCGAAUAA